UUGUUUCAAUGGACUGGAGGCUUGAAUAGCAAAUAACAAAAGGAGUAGAUAUGAGAGGAGAGUCAUCUGGUUUGAUCAUUGGGAUUUCUAUAGGAGUGGUGAUCGGUGUGCUUUUAGCUAUUUUUGCACUCAUUUGUAUCAGGUAUCAUAGAAAGAGAUCUCAGAUAGGAAACAGCAGUUCCAAGAAAGCUGCAACUAUCCCUAUCAGGGCUAAUGGAGCUGAUUCGUGUUCUAUGUUAUCCGUUUCAACUAUCGGUCCUGAUUCACCUGUGAAAUCUGGAAGAAAUGGAAUGUCGGUGUGGCUUGACGGGCUUAGAAAAAGCAAUGUUGUCUCUAUGUCUGGAAUACCCGAGUAUUCGUACAAGGAUUUGCAAAAAGCAACUUAUAAUUUUACAACACUAAUAGGACAAGGAGCCUUUGGUCCAGUUUAUAAAGCUCAGAUGUCAACUGGCGAGACUGUUGCGGUGAAAGUUCUUGCAACCGAUUCCAAGCAAGGGGAGAAAGAGUUCCAGACCGAGGUAGUGACGAUCUAUGGUUCCAGACCAAACUUAUUGUUUAAAAUGGCUUUACUGAUUGUAGUACUCCUGCCAUCAGGGAAUACAGAGUCUGUUGCAUACCAUGCCCAUUGUAGUUUCAAAGUAAUCCAGAAUUGCUCGUAA